UAAUGAAAUUCUUCGCAGUUUUUGAAAUGUCUACGUGAUCUAAAGCAUGUAGGUAGUAGGUACCUACUUCAAGAUAAUCAAAUAUUAGAUAUUAACGCAUUCCUUUCAUCUUGAUAAAUACGUAUGUUAAAAACAAGAUAACUGUUCACUGAAAUAAGUAUUCGUAAUGGUGAAAUAAGAAGAUAGGUUCUUAUUAGGUAGCGGAAUGAUUUUGAUUGAAUUAUGUUGUAGGCUACAAUCAUUAUCAGCGCAUGGUCUUGACCAGUUGCUAUUUGUAUUCUCGUUAAUAAUACUCAUUUUGUAUCCUCUGCAUUCGUCGACAUUUUUAUAAAUGAAAACCGCGAAAGUAUUCAAGUGUUUCUUUAUUCUUCUUUAUUCGUUUGACACAGUUAUUACCUCCAAAGUGUUUCCCAACUUCUUUCGUAAACGAUCAAAGCAAGGACCAUCUUCGAGAACAGAUCACCAGGUAGACCCACGGAUAUGUUAUAAGAAUCCAUCACAAAGAAAAGGAUUUGCAGCCAACGUCGAACAAGUUGAUAUCGCAGCAUCUGCUUUUGAAGUCUUUAUUCGAAAUUGUGAUUUUUAUGCCGACAAGACCGAAUUGAUUCGUAACGUUACACACAACAAAAAAAAAAUCACUGUCAUCACUCUGGCCAAAGGUCGUGGUAAGACGACGAAUUUGAAAAUGCUUCACGCUUUCCUACAAAUGCCAGUAGCUGAAAAUGGACACUCUUUGGAGUUGAAAUCAACGUUCGCUUACAAUUUUUUCGCUAAUGGUGAAGUCAUCUCUUCAAGAGGUGAUCUCGAGAACGUUCGUUUUGAUCCACCACCAAUGAUUUCCCAGUUUCGGGAUGAUAUUUCGGACAGUUUGGGAAAAUAUACCAUAAUUCACAUGGAUUUUUCCGGAAUUCAGCCCAGUAUAAACGGAGUUAAAAUUAAAAUUGUCGAAAUUUUCAACAAAUUUACUGAUUUAAGGCGUAGUAAAUACGGACAGAAUUACGACGAUAAACUUCAAGAAAUCACAAACGGACAAACCAAUAAAAAUGAAUUGAUUAAAAGCAUUCCUUUUCUGUGCGAACUUUUAUACAAGUUUCAUAGAAUGUACGUCAUUAUUCUGAUUGACGAAUACGAUCGUUUUAUAAAUCAGAUUGUUUCACCACCAUAUGAUGAAGAAAAUAUCGAUCAAGACCAAGAUGAAUUUCUGCGCUUUUAUUGCAAUUUCUUGAUCAAUUCAGUUGAAACGAAUUCUUACAUCAUACACGCCGUUUUAACUGGGACCGUUCCAGUGGCCGAAUUGACUAAAUUGACGAAUCGGAACAGAGGUUCGUUUUUGAACAUCACUAACCUGCAGGAAAUAAACGAGGCGAUAUCCGAAGAAAUGGAUUACAGUGAUACAGUUACUACACAGUCAACUCGGAAUAAAGCGUACCAAAAAAUAAAUGAAAAAAACCCGCAAAACCAAGAACCAAUUUCGAAAUCAUAUCACCGGGUACAGGUAUGCAAAAAGGAUCCGCCGUUAGAAUUUGAACUACGAAGCACAGUCGCAGCAAUUGGUCUUGGUGCAACUACUUUUGAAACAUUCAUUCUAAAUAGCCGAUUUUAUGCCGAUAAAUCAGGAUUAAUUCUGGAAAUUAUGGACAAUGGACACAUGGUUACUGUAAUUACUGCGGCACGACGCUGGGGCAAGUCCUUGAAUUUGCACAUGAUUCGCACGUUUCUAGAAGUACCUGAAGUAGCGAAGACGAAUGGUGUUAUGUAUAAUCGUAUGCGCGCACCUUAUGUAUUUCCGUUUUAGUUCUAGAAUAAUCUAGACGAUAGCUAUAGUUCGAACAUUUUGUACAUAUUGUAUCUCAGUAUUAAAUAAACCGUUGAUCAACAUACAUCACAGUGGCGACGAGGAUAAUGUGACUCUUAUUUUUUGUGCAUGGUGCGUUUUUUUUUUCUCGUGCAUAUCGCGCUAAUGUAAUAAAAAAAUUGUAUAUUUUCGUAAUUUUGCGAAUCGUUAACAGUUCAUGUGUGCCGCGGUGCGAUCAUUUUCGAUGACCAGUCGAUGAAAAUUAUUAAAAUGACCAAAGACGAUCCACCAUCCACUUCACAAUCACAACCGGAUGUUUCGGAAUUACUCCGAGUCCUGACUCAACUGUUAACUUCGCAAUCUCAACCAGUAUCCAAGCCUGAUCCAUUCGAUGAAACUGUUGAAACCUUUGAUACCUACAUGAAACGUUUCAACACGUAUUUGGCUACAAAUAAAUUGGAAAAUAAAUCUGAUCCAGAAAAGGUAAACCUGCUUAUUGACAGUCUGAAUCCGAAAACCCACCAAAUUUUGGUUGACUUGACUGCUCCAGAUGAGCCAAAUAAGAAAACGUUUGCUCAAAUUCAAACGCUUUUGACGAAUCAUUUCAAUCCGGUUGCCAGUGUCAUCGUUGAAAGGCACAGAUUUUUAUUGCGCCAACAAGAACUGACUGAAACUGUGGCUCAGUAUGUGGCUGAAUUAAAAAAGAUCGCGGCUAGAUGCGAUUUUACGUGUCAAAACUGUAAAAAAUCUACUGCUGACGAUCACUUGAAAUCUCAAUUUACCAGGGGUGUGAAGGAUGACGCAAUCCGCAUCAAACUGCUCGCUGAAGCUGAUCCCCAUGCUACUACGUUCGAGCAAGCUGUUAAAAAUGCUGUGGUAAUUGAAGCUUCUCAAGCUGAAUCAAAAGAACUCAAAACUGACCGGAAACCAGAAAACACUCAAUCCGUGAAUAAAAUUGGGAAUAAGAAAUCGGAAACCUAUCGAAAUUACCGUUCAAAAUCGCGCCAAAAUCCUAAUGAUUCCAGAAAUAAUCAUCGAAAUGCGCCGAAAAAGAAUCAUCAUUCUUCCGAUCCUGAUAAUCAAGGUAAAUGUUUACGUUGCGGACUUGAUAACCAUACAACAGAUAAAUGUAAACUGAGCAGAUCAGUUCGUUGCCAUAAAUGCAACAAAAAUGGUCAUUUAUCACGAAUCUGUCAGUCCAGUAAACGAAACGCGGAUCCUGCUUCGAAAACGGAGAAAAAACCUAGCAACUCCGAACGUACCAACUACAUUGCUCCUACGUAUGACGAUUUCGAUGGUAUCUUUGGUUGCGGACAGGUACGUGCGAAGUUUAGCUUACAAAAGCCUGAAUGGGACAUAAUCGAAGUUACCCUGAUAGUGAAUGGCGUUGAUUUUCUAUUCGAAGUUGAUACUGGAAGUCCGAUUACGAUCAUUCCGAAGUCGAAAUUGAAGGGCUUAAAGUUACCUAAUGCUCGGAAAAACGAAGAUCGAUUCUGUGAAUACUUGGGUAAAGUUUUUCAACCUGAACUAACUGCUACGGUCCAAGUAACCUAUCGUAAUGUUACUGAAACGCUUCCAUUAUAUAUUGUUGAUGAUGACGAAGCUCAAACGCUCGUUGGUCGCGAAUGGCUUCGAAAAUUGGGCAUGACUAAAGAUAUUUUGAACUUUAGUAAAGUAAACAACGUGACUUCUGUUCCCGAAGCUGAAACGCUACGUAUUCAUUUGAUGGAAAAAUUUUCUGACACGUGUACUCAGAAAGUUGGUAAAAUUCCAAAUGCUCAAUGUUCGCUCAUAUUGAAAGAAGAUGCCAAACCGAUUUUCAUCAAACCCAGACCACUUCCUUACUCGUUAGAAGCUAAGGUGAAUGACGAACUUGAAAAAAUGCAGAAAGAAGGCAUCAUUGAGAAAACUGAAAACUGUCCGUGGGGUACACCUCUAGUUCCUGUCGAGAAAAGCGAUGGUUCGAUUCGUGUUUGCGCCAACUACAAGCUUACCGUAAACCCUCAGCUGAAAGAAUACCGAUAUCCGAUGCCAAGCAGUGAGUACAUAUUCAACAGACUACGCGGCAAGUAUUUUUGUAUCUUUGACAUAUACCGAGCUUAUCUACAUUAUGGUAUGGAUGCUGCUAGUGCUGCAAUUUUGGCGUUAUCUACUCAUCUGGGUACAUUCCUCGUAUGGCGGCUAUUUUUUGGUGUGGCUAUUGCGCCAAAUGCCUGGCAAGAUCUUAUGGAUAAAUUGAUUGCUGAUUUAGAAGGUACAUCUGUAUACAUUGACGACUUCGUUGUAUCCGGUAACACUGUUUGUGAAUGCUUUGAACGUGUGAAACGACUGUUUGAAAAACUUGCGGCUAAUGAUAUUCAUAUCAACUUACGUAAGUCAAAGUUUUUCUGUACGGAAAUCGUGUACCUGGGUUAUAAAAUCGAUCAGUUUGGGUUACACAAAGCAGACGAAAAAGUGCGUGAUUUAUUAGAUGCGCCUAGACCUGAGAAUGCCGAUGACGUUCGUUGUUUAGUCGGUAUGGUGAAUUAUUACGCAAAAUUCAUUCCAGAUGCGGCAUCUAUCCUACAUCCGUUAACCCAACUGCUUCAUAAAAAUGCAAAAUUUGCAUGGAAUGGCGAUUGUGAAGCGGCGUUUCGUAAAAUCAAGAUGGAAAUAGCCAGCGAUCGUGUUUUAGUACCAUAUUCAACGAUGUUACCUGUAACGUUAGCGACAGAUGCGAGUCCGUAUGGUUUAUCUGGUGUACUCUCGCAUGUUCUUAAUCAUCAAGAACGUCCGAUCGCUUUCGCUUCAAGGUCGCUUACAAAAGCUGAAGCUCACUAUAGCCAAAUCGAUAGGGAGGCUACUGCUGUUGUUUGGGCUAUCAAGAAAUUUUAUCAGUAUUUGUACGGUCGCAAAUUCACGUUGAUCGUUGAUAAUAAACCACUGACGUUUAUUUUUAACCCAAGCAAAGAUAUUUCUACGGUGACUGCUUCCAGACUGGUACGUUAUGCGAUGUUCUUAUCUGGUUUUGAUUAUAUUGUCGAGCAUCGGAAAGCAGAACACCACAAGAACGCCGACUACCUUUCCCGCGCCCCCCGUAAAUGUGAUAACAACGCUCUCGAUACUGACUCUGUUAUCAACGUAAAGCAGAUUCGAACGAUCUCUGACGAGAUAAUAAAUGCUAAACGCAUUUGUGAAGAAAUCAGCAAAGACCCAGACUUAUCCAUUCUACGUGAUAACUUAUUCAAGGGUGAAGAAACGAAUCCUGAAUUCUGUUUAGAAUUUGGUAUGAUUUUAAAAGGACAACGUGUCGUAAUUCCGAAGACACUCCAACCUCAAAUACUUCGUCAACUCCACUCCGCACAUAUUGGUGUCGUACGUAUGAAGAAAUUAGCGAGACGUUUUUGUUGGUGGCGAGGUAUUGAUAACGAUAUUGAAAAGUUGGUAAAGUCUUGCUCCGCUUGUUGCCUUGUGCAGAAAAAUCCGAAACAAAUUACACAUCACUGGGAAGCGCCUACCAAGAAAUUCGAACGUAUUCACAUGGACUACGCUGGUCCAGUUGAUAAUUUUUAUUUUUUCGUAAUCAUUGAUUCGUUUACGAAAUGGCCUGAAAUUAUUGUUGAAAAACACGCGCCUACUUCCGAUUCGACUAUCAAGAAUCUGAGUGAAUUUUUCGGACGAUUCGGUAACCCGCAAAUGUUGGUUUCAGACAACGCAACAAUAUUCAAAUCGACCCAAUUUGUUGAAUUUUGCCGACAACGUGGUAUCCAGCAACGAUUUUGCGCGCCGGGUCACCCAGCAACAAACGGACAAGCUGAAAUUUUCGUUCAAAUCCUGAAAAAAGCGCUAAAAACGAUGAUCGGCCCAAUCCCAGAACGAGUUUCCAGAUUUCUACAGAAAUACAGAUCAACUCCGUUGAGUAGCAGCGACGAUACACCUAGCGAACGAUUAUAUGGUGUGAAUAUUCGAACAGAGAUGGAUUUAUUGACGUAUCGCGAACCGAAGAACGACCCUGAACAAAUCGAUAAUCGUUCGGCGGACUUUGCUGUUGGCAAUCGCGUCCAAUCUUGCAACUACGUUGGUGAAAAAUGGAAAUUCGGCACUAUCUCGAAGACGUUGGGAAAAGCCCAUUUUAUGGUUAAAUUGGACGACGGGUACGAGCUGAAAAGGAACAGCAAUCAGUUGCGGAAGUGCAACGUACCACCGCCUGUCUCCGAUCCUAAUCCACGAAUUCAACGAUCGAAUUUACGUACGCGAAGUACAAUUUUUCCGGCCAUGGAGGAGAGACGCACCGCUGAUCAAGGCGCGAAUGAUAGACGAACAGCGUCACAACCUACGGCAGCUCCAGCGCUGAAUGCGUCAGUCUCUCGCCUGCCUAGGGAACUGUAACCCAGGUAUGUCAGACGGCCAUUUUGUUCCUGGUUUGACGAACUUAGCAUUGCAGUAUAUGGGAAUUCGGCAAACUUUAACCGCGUAUAUCUUCAAAACCGUGCAUUUUUACAACUUUUUCAUAAUAACAUUUUUGAAAGAGAAUUGAACGAGCUUUCCAAUGGUAUGCUACAUGUAUCAAUUGAAAUGAA